AUGGACGGAGGAGGUUCUACAUUUGAUUUAACAGCACCUACAUAAUUUUUAUAGCCAAAAAUUAAUGUAAGUAAACAGCCUGAGUAGGCUGUAAAUAAACCCUAAAAGGAUGUAAGAAAUAAUUAUAUAUCAGUUGCAAUAAAAAACUCAAACCUCUAAUCCGAAACUACCUUAGUUGAAUAACAAUUAGAAUGCAGCAAAAAGUUAAAAUUAAAAGUAGAGUCAGCAAGUAUAACAACAAUCACCUAAGUCAAUUCAGAAGGCAAAAAAAAUGGAUUUAUUUCGAGAUGCAUUGCAAUAAGCAACAACAAAAUAUUUGCGUAUUUUGUUUAUACACCUUAGCGCCUGGGAAAAAGGAGAAGGAUAAGAGUUAAAAACCUAAACCAUUAUAAGAAUAAUAGUAGUAACAAUAAAUUGAAGAAAUCAAAAAGAAGUACGAAGAUUUAGUGCAAAAUCAUUAUAAAGACUUAUAUGAACAUGUUGCAAAUGAUUAAUAAAAGAGUUUAUAGGACUUACAUAAUAAAAGAAUAGUUACUGCACUAUAAGACUUAGAAUCCAGACCUAAAAUUUAGAAUGCACUUGAAAAGAAAGAGGAAUAAAUAAAUAAAUAAAGAUUAUAUAAAGAUAGAUUAUUAUAUGAAAUUAAAUAGAUGAUCAUAAAGAGUAGAAGACUUGAUGAAUUGUUAAAUGAUCUAGCUUUAUAAAAUGAGGAUACAAUUAAGGAGACCAUAGAAGAAUUACUCGAAAAGGAAUAAAUCUAGGAGGACAAAAUGUCUAAACAAUCAUAUGAAAUCGCUAAGUUGAGAGACAUGUAUUUAAAAAGAAGUAUAUUCAAUUUGAUAACGAAGGGAAACUAUUAUUGGAAGUGUAGAAAUAAUGUCAAAUUACCUAUGAUGGAUUGAAAAUCAAAUAUUAAUCAUAUGAAGCUUCUUCUCAGAGUAUUAUGAGUAGAAAGAAACAAUUAGAAUCAUUAUCAAAGAUAAUUUCAAAGUAUAGAAGUGAAUUUUAAGGUUAACAGAAUUUUUUUGGAGCAAGUUUAAAGGGUCGAUUUGAUCCUAUGUUAGAAGAAAUUUUAGAAGAUGAAUUAUCUAAAUGUGGAGAUGAAUAAGCUUUAGAAAUUGUAUAAUUAGGAGAAAAGAAAAUUAUUGCCAUUAAAGAAGAUAAUGAAAAGAGAAAAAAAGGUGAAUAAAAAGAUAAAGCUAAAUUAGCUAUUGAAAAUGCUACAUAAAAUAUUAAUAAAUAAAAAUAAGAUAUUUAAUAAGAAUUAGAAAAAAAAGUAAUUCUUUUUAUACUAAUUAGAAAUAAAUGUUCCAAAAAUUAAGAGUUGUUACUAGUAUAUCUAAUUAAGAAAUCAUGAAAAAAUAUAAAUUAAAUAUGGAUUUAGAUUAGUAAGAAUUAAAAAACAUCUAAGAAUAUGUUGGAAAAGAAAUUGAAAGAUAUGAAAGAUAGAAUGAAGAAUUAAGAGCAGAAAUUAAAAAAUUAAAAUAUGAAUAAGAAAAUUCUAUUUUAGAUACUUAAAUUAAUCUUGAUGAAUUAGAAAGAGAUGUUACUAAAUAAUAAGAUUUUUUAUCUGAAAAAGAAAAAUAAGUUAAAAAAGUUGAAAAAUCAAUAGAUGAAGUAACUAUGUCUUUAUCGAGAAUUAUGUAUUAAUUAAGUGGAAAAGGAAUGAAGGCAAAAAAUAUUGAAAUUAAAAGAUCUGCCUUAGUAGCAACUGCUUCUACAAUUUAGCUUCGUUUAGAAAGAAUGUUAACAGUAUUGUCAAAAACAUAAGAAUUUUUAAAUGAAGAAUCUAUCAAUACAAAUCCUAGAUACAAUAAGGUUGAAGAUUUUAUCUGUUUAAAUCCAAAAGUAUAUGAAUUUUUCAAUAAUUUAGAGCUAUGUAUCAUCAGAAAUCAAUGAGUAAGUUGAAGGCAAUAUUAAGUUUGUAUAUAAAGAGGAAGAUAGCUCUGAUUAAGAUUGCAAAGAUAUGGAUGAAGUUAGAUAAUUUGUUAAAUCAAAGGCCCAAGAAGAUAAGCCGUAAGUAGUUGUAGUACAAAAGAAAGAUAAAAAACCUAAGUGAUUAAUUUAUCUUUUCAUUAUAAAUAUUUCUAUAAAGAUGAAAGCACUCC